AUGGCCAACGUCUCCAAGAAGGUGUCUUGGUCCGGCCGCGACCGGGAUGACGACGAGGCGGCGCCGCUGCUGCGGAGGGCGGCACGGCCCGAGGCGCCGGCCGGCGAGGGCUCGCCGCUGCUGAACGGGGCAGGGCCCGCGGCCGCCCGCCAGUCACCCCAUUCGGCAUCUUUCCAGAUCGGACAGAUGAGCAACGUGGAGCCAGACGAUGAGCUUCUAAACCCAGAGAUGGAUCCCCCUCACCCUUUCCCCAAGGAGAUCCCGCACAACGAGAAGCUCCUGUCCCUCAAGUAUGAGAGCUUGGACUACGACAACAGUGAGAACCAGCUGUUCCUGGAGGAGGAGAGGCGCAUCAACCACAUGGCCUUCCGGACAGUGGAGAUCAAGCGCUGGGUCAUUUGUGCCAUGAUAGGGAUCCUCACGGGGCUUGUGGCCUGCUUCAUCGACAUCAUGGUGGAGAACUUGGCCGGCCUGAAAUACAAGGUCGUCAAGGACAAUAUCGACAAGUUCACGGAGAAAGGGGGGCUGUCCUUCUCGCUCCUGCUGUGGGCCACGUUGAAUUCUGCGUUCGUGCUGGUCGGCUCCAUGAUUGUUGCCUUCAUAGAGCCAGUUGCUGCUGGCAGUGGGAUCCCCCAGAUCAAGUGCUUCCUCAACGGGGUGAAGAUCCCCCACGUGGUCCGGCUCAAGACCCUGGUGAUUAAAGUAUCUGGUGUGAUCCUGUCCGUGGUGGGAGGACUGGCGGUGGGAAAGGAGGGGCCGAUGAUUCACUCGGGCUCCGUGAUUGCUGCUGGCAUUUCCCAGGGGAGGUCAACGUCACUGAAGCGAGACUUCAAGAUCUUUGAGUACUUCCGCAGAGACACGGAGAAGCGGGACUUUGUCUCGGCAGGAGCUGCGGCUGGAGUGUCUGCUGCGUUUGGGGCCCCUGUGGGCGGGGUCCUCUUCAGCUUGGAGGAAGGUGCCUCCUUCUGGAACCAGUUCCUGACGUGGAGAAUCUUCUUUGCUUCCAUGAUCUCCACCUUCACACUGAACUUUGUCUUAAGCAUUUACCAUGGAAACAUCUGGGACCUGUCCAGCCCGGGCCUCAUCAAUUUUGGCAGAUUUGACACGCAGACGAUGGUGUACACGAUCCACGAGAUCCCCAUCUUCAUCGCCAUGGGCGUGGUGGGUGGUGUUCUUGGGGCUGUGUUCAAUGCCUUGAAUUACUGGCUGACGAUGUUUCGAAUCAGGUACAUCCACCGGCCCUGCCUCCAGGUGAUUGAGGCCAUGCUGGUGGCCGCUGUUACAGCCACUGUCGCCUUUGUGCUGAUCUACUCAUCUCGGGACUGCCAGCCCCUGCAGGGCAACUCCGUGUCCUACCCCCUCCAGCUCUUCUGUGCAGAUGGCGAGUACAACUCAAUGGCUGCUGCCUUCUUUAACACCCCGGAGAAGAGCGUGGUCGGCCUUUUCCACGACCCUCCAGGCUCUUACAACCCUAUGACCCUCGGCCUCUUCACCCUCGUCUACUUUUUCCUGGCCUGCUGGACCUAUGGGCUGACAGUGUCUGCUGGCGUCUUCAUCCCGUCCCUGCUCAUUGGAGCUGCCUGGGGUCGGCUCUUCGGCAUCUCACUGUCCUACCUCACCGGGUCCGCAAUCUGGGCCGACCCCGGAAAGUACGCCCUGAUGGGAGCAGCUGCCCAGCUGGGUGGGAUCGUGAGGAUGACGCUGAGCCUGACAGUUAUCAUGAUGGAGGCCACCAGCAAUGUGACCUAUGGCUUCCCUAUCAUGCUGGUCCUGAUGACCGCCAAGAUCGUAGGAGACAUUUUCAUUGAGGGCCUGUAUGACAUGCACAUCCAGCUGCAAAGUGUGCCCUUCCUGCACUGGGAAGCCCCGGUCACCUCGCACUCGCUCACCGCCAGGGAGGUGAUGAGCACGCCGGUCACCUGCCUGCGGAGGAGGGAGAAAGUGGGCGUCAUCGUGGACGUGCUCAGCGACACGGCGUCCAACCACAACGGGUUCCCUGUGGUGGAGUCCACCGACAACCCCCAGUCAGCUCGGCUCCAGGGCCUGAUCCUGCGCUCCCAGCUGAUUGUCCUCUUAAAGCACAAGGUGUUUGUGGAGCGGUCCAACAGGGGCCUAGUACAGCGGCGGCUGAGGCUGAAGGACUUCCGGGAUGCCUACCCACGCUUCCCCCCUAUCCAGUCCAUCCAUGUGUCCCAGGAUGAGCGCGAAUGCACCAUGGACCUCUCUGAAUUCAUGAACCCCUCCCCGUAUACAGUGCCCCAGGAGGCAUCUCUCCCUCGGGUGUUCAAGCUGUUCCGUGCCCUGGGCCUCAGGCAUCUGGUGGUGGUGGACAACCACAAUCAGGUGGUCGGGCUGGUAACCAGGAAAGACCUGGCCAGGUACCGGCUUGGGAAGGGGGGCCUGGAGGAGCUCUCUCUGGCCCAGACCUGA